AUGGUUUUAAAACUAGGGCCGUCAUGUCCUGUGGACGGCGCCUUUUACGUUUGCGAUGAAUCUCCCAUCAAGUUCAUCGGUUGCUGUAUGACCAAUCCAUGCGACAAUGGUGGUGUCUGUGACAGCAAAGAUCUUCGAACAGCUACUUUCAACAGAGGUUCCUACGACAAAGUGCCUCCACAAAGCUGCUCAAGUUCGAAUGGAACCAAGUCGUGGUUCACCUGCCAGAACAACAACAUUCCGUUUCUUGGUUGCUGUUCAGAAAACCCUUGCAAACCAACAGGCUGCCCGCAGGACAAACUGAUCCCCUCCCGCCUGAGCGAUAACGCAACAGAAGCCGCAGUCUUCAUCGAGGACCAUCCGACGGCAGCACCUUCGCCACCACCAGUGACGACGUCCUCGCCCGCGCCAGUAGAGAGUAGCAACAAAAGCUUGCACCCCGGCAUUAUUGCCGGCAUCGUCGUCGGCGCGCUCAUUGUUCUUGCCCUGAUCGUUCUGCUUGUCUGCUGGAAGAUGGGAUGGCGGUUACGAAACAAGGAGGAAGACAGCCGAGUUAUCGCAGAUUUCCCUGCGACCUAUGUCAAUAAUGCCCUGCCCGACAUGGGCGAGGCUCAAUCCCAAUACCAAAGCAGCAACCCCCAUCACAGCUUCAGCCCAGAUCAUUUCUCUCCAGAGGCUUACAACAUCAAGGUCAUGCCCGGCCUGGCACCCAAGACAUCCAUACGGUCGUCGAGGACAACACAGACAAUGGUUCAAGAAGAUGACGAUAGUCGUCCAGUCGAGGGAAGGGGAGACCAGUACCUGUCUGGCAACACACUCGCACCCACAAUGGUCGCAGGCGGUGGUUUGUCCAUGAGAUCCGUCUCGCAACCUACCUCACCAAUCACGUCCAACACCAACGCUCAUAGGGUCAGCAUGAUGAGCGCUGUUUCCGACUCGCAUGGCCAAUAUGCACGCGUCAACAACAUGAUGGUGGAUUCACCCGAGCCGUCUCCGAGUUUCGGGCUCAUCCCGGAGGUGGCGGGUGAGCAACGGGAUCAGCGUCAGCAGUCACCACCACCACGACCUCGCUCCAUGUCGCCGCCGCAGCAAUUCCAACAGCCCUAUUACGCAUCACGUCAGUCAUAUCAAGCUGUUCCCAGUCUGCCACCGGCAGAACUGCCAGACGCCGAGCCUGUCAACAGACCAAUGCAAGCGAGUCAACAGCAGUGGCAGCCCUAUCGGCCAAAAUGA